AGGCAGUGAAAACCUCCGUUGGGUAUAUGCGCUCGCAGAUGUCAUGUGAAACCCCGCAUGCUUGCCUUCCCGCACAACUGAAGAGUCCGAGCACCGCUUCACGCACCUGGAAUGGUUUUGCACAGUAGACUUUGACUUUGACGAGACCAAACUUCACCACCUAGGAUUUUGUUUGUGUGUUUUUUACUCUGGUUUAUGUUUGUUUCUUCAUGACUGACGCGUUCGGGAGCGAGUCGCCACCACUAUGCGAGCCCAAAUUGAAGUCAUACCAUGCAAAAUCUGUGGAGAUAAGUCAUCAGGCAUCCACUAUGGGGUUAUCACAUGUGAAGGCUGUAAGGGUUUUUUCAGGCGCAGUCAACAGAACAAUGCGUCCUACUCCUGUCCCCGUCAGCGCAACUGCCUGAUUGACCGAACGAACCGCAACCGCUGCCAGCACUGUCGGCUCCAAAAGUGCCUGGCUCUGGGGAUGUCCCGGGAUGCUGUUAAGUUUGGCCGCAUGUCCAAGAAGCAGAGGGACUCUUUGUACGCAGAGGUUCAGAAACACCAGCAGAGGCUGCAGGAGCAGCAGCAGCAACAGACGGGCGAAGCGGAGGCCCUCGCCCGUGUUUACUCCUCCAGCCUCACCAACGGCCUCAGCACCCUCAACCAUGAAAUUGGAGGGACGUACGCCAAUGGUCAUGUCAUAGACAUGCCCAAGGGUCAGCCGAAUGGCGCUCCAGGGGGCUACUACGGCAUGGACUCCACACAGGCCAGCCCGGAUCAGUCUGGACUGGACAUGACUGGAAUGAAGCAGAUCAAACAGGAACCAAUAUAUGAUCUCACCCCUGAUCCCAACCUUUUCACCUAUGGCUCCUAUCAAGACAGCCAGCUAGCACCUGGAGUGUCCAUGGGGGAAUUAGACCGAAUUGCACAGAACAUCAUAAAGUCCCACCUGGAGACGUGUCAGUACACAGCGGAGGAGCUUCAGCAGUUAGCCUGGCAGACGCACUCCUAUGAAGAGGUCAAGAUGUACCAAAGCAAGACACGGGACGUGUUGUGGCAGCAGUGUGCUAUACAGAUAACUCAUUCUAUUCAGUAUGUGGUAGAGUUUGCAAAGCGCAUCACUGGCUUCAUGGAGCUUUGCCAGAAUGACCAGAUAUUACUGCUGAAAUCAGGUUGUCUGGAAGUAGUGCUGGUCAGAAUGUGCCGGGCAUUCAACCCGCUAAACAACACGGUUCUGUUUGAAGGGAAAUAUGGAGGCAUGCAGAUAUUUAAAGCUCUAGGCUGUGACGACCUGGUCAGUGCAGUGUUUGACAUAGCCAAGAAUCUGUGUUCACUGCAGCUAACGGAAGAGGAGAUUGCCCUGUUUUCUGCAGCAGUGCUCAUUUCUACAGACCGGCCAUGGUUAAUGGAGCCCAGGAAAGUGCAGAAGCUACAAGAGAAAAUCUACUUUGCCCUGCAGCACAUCAUGCAAAAGAACCAUCUGGACGAGGACGCGCUGGCCAAGCUGAUUAGCCGGAUCCCCACGCUGUCGGCUCUGUGCACUCUCCACACAGAGGAGCUUCAGGCCUUCCAGCAGCUCCACCCAGAGACGGUUAACAUGCUAUUUCCCCCCCUCUAUAAGGAGCUCUUCAAUCCUGACGCCGCUGGCAUCAUGCCCAAAUGACCGCACAUGCUCACACGCAUUCUUCGCAAAGUCUUUCAUUCAGCAACCGGAGGUGUCCCAGAGGAUGAACCCUGUGUCGCAGCAUCCGCAGAUUUUGCAGCCACAACAAAAAAAAAAAACUUAACUCUAGGAAUGUCCUGCACUUCAAAAAUCCAACUCAAUUUCACCGGUACAGUCAUAAGAAUGUAUAUAUGCGCCAGCAGCAAAAGGCGCCUUCCAUUUGACCAGAAAUGUACAGACUUUUGGACAAUUUAAGCUGUCUUUAAAUUGGGUAAGUUCAUUUGUUUGUUUGACUUCUCGCUCUCUUUUUAAUAUAAAAUACUGUUAUAUUGAAAUGAGAUGGUGGGGAGUGCAUUCAAAAAUGAUAAUGUAGUAAUUUCUCUAGUACAAAGCGGUAUUCCAGUAUUAAAUCUUGUUCUGUUAAUAUUUUAGUCAUAAUUUAAAUAUGACGGUGGUCUAAAAGGCCCUUACCUUGUCUAUGUAAUUUUCCGUAUUUGUUUUGUAGUUUUACCUGUACAUAAUAUGUGAAGUUGAAACUGGUAUAAGGUUAACGGGGGACUAACUUUGUUUGGCCACGUUUAAAAGCCUUGUCUGGGCUAUGUAGAUAUGUCUAAACAGCACCACAACAUUAAUCCUACAACUAAGGAUUUUUGAAGUGGAAAAAUAAUUGAUAAAAGUAUAGAGAUAUAUAUUUUACAAAAAUUGUAUGGCCGAUUACCAUCUUGUCAGUCAUAGCUGCAAUAACAGUUUCUGUAACUGCUUAAAAACAAUCCAGUCAAAUGUGACUUAAUGGAAAGCCCUCAGAACUGCUUCAAAUCUAUAAUCCCGUUUGCUCUAAAUGCCUCAAAAUGCUGUUUUUACUGCCACACUGCCAAAACUAAUACAGCACUAGUGUAGUGGAGCUGCAGCCGUCUGUCUGUGAUAGCAUAAAUCGCUAGGACAUGAUCAUUUACUGCCACUGAUAUGAAGUCAAACUCAUCUCUUUUCUACAAAAUUCAUAGAAGAUUCUCUGACUUUAGCAAUAAUGUCUAAUAUGUGGUUACAUGCUGGGUCUGUGGUAUUCUUAACUUUAUGCUAAAUGUAAAGUACUCAUCCUUAAUUUGAACAUCAACUUAUUUAGAUAUUUAUUAGAUAUGCAUAGUUGAAGAUGAAUAUCUGAAGUCACUAAAAAUGUAUCAAUUCCAAAAAAAACAGUCAAGGAAUUUAAGCAAUCAAUUGGAACAUUGUCUUAUUUUUAAAGAUGCUUUCAAAAUUCCAUUGGAAUUUUUAAACAUAAUUUGGAACUAAUCCUGAAAGAUCACAAUCAAAUAGGAAUUCCUCUAUAAAAUAAGAUGCUAUAGUGGAUAAACGGAAAUGUCUAUUUUUCAUG